AUGGACGUCCCUGGGAAAAGUCCAAUUACAAAGGACUUGUGCCCUCUCUGUUCCAAAGCUUUUGACACUAUGCCACAUGUAAACUCCUGUUUCCACAGCUUCUGCUUUUCUUAUACACAGGACUUGUUGGAAACCAAGGCAAAAUGUCCUUCUUGUAAACAGCCUUUCCAUUCGGUUUCUCAUCCUGUGAAUGUUCCUCUGAAAGAGCUCCUAUCCACAAAACACCGCCAAGAAAACCUCUCCUCUUUUUCACCAUCCAGGAAGAACCCUGCAAAAUAUGGUCUCUUGCAUUCCAAAAAGAACUUGGACGAAUAUUCAUCUUUACCUUCUAAAAGUCAAUCUGAAGAUCACAUCACUUUGUCUUGUAAAGACUAUUCUCCCUCCCUUCAUUUAAAGAGUUGCUGUAAAGUGUCCCCUAUUAGAUUGCCAUCAAAAGACAAUCGACCCCCUUGUGAAGUCACAAAUUUUCAACCCCAUUGUGAAUGUCACCAUAUGAGGGUUUUAGGAAAGAAGCCAGUUCGUGUGUCCAGACAAUUAGAAGAACCUGAAUUCAGAUCCACUGCAAACUCCCUGAAAUUUGAUAACGAUGAUCUGGAGAACUUUGGCUCUAGAAUAGCAGCUUCCAGUUUGUCUAUGUCAGAUUUUCUAGAAGCUACAUUUAUGCUUAUUUCUUCUGGGGCAAUGGCAUUCAUAUUUCUUUAUAUCUAUUUAAAAUUGGUUCUUGUACAUAAAUAA